UUUCCAGCGGGAACGGUUCACAUAACCCAAUUUGUAAAAAGAACUUUGAUGCAUGACACCGUGCUAUGUAGUGUUGUGAUUUGCAGUAAAUUUAGUUUUAACAUGUUUAAAAUAACUUUGAAACGGAAAAUACCCAGGUAUUGCUAUUAAUUAGGCUCUCGUGGCGGUCGAAUACGUCUACUCCGGCCCCAGAAUCCAACGCGGUGAAGAUGGCGGCGGCUCUGAAGAGUAGUUUUAUAGAAAUCUGCAGCUUUGAGAGAGAAAUCCCUCCAAGAUUCCGUGAUAUAACGGUUAACUUAGGUUUGAAUGCAGUUCCUGGGGGCAUAAAAUAUGCAGACUGUGCUGGUGGAUUUCACUAUGAGGAAAGUGGGAAGUUGUUGUCUGUUACAAGUAACCGCUUCAUACACUGGUUGACAUCUGGGGAUACAGUUCAGCUGGUGGAGCAGUCGCUGGACACAAACUUGCUCAACAAUGCUGUGAGGUUGAAGAUCCUGCACUGUCCCCUGCUCCCUGGAGGUGUGCACAUUCAGGAGACCCUCAACAAUGUCAUCAUCCUGCUCCUCAGCAGCCAGACCGUGCACCGGCUCGUGCUGCCUCACCCCUCCCGCAUGUACCGAAGUGAGGUUGUCACAGAGCUUCAGAUGCAGUCCAUCUUCACAGACGUGGGAAAGCUGAACCUCCGGGACCCAGCUCACAGCUAUGUGAUUCCCACUGCCCCGGGUCAAUUGCCAAUGCCGGGCGCCUCAGCUGCUUGGGUCAGUGGCAGUGGGGAAGCCCACUUUGCCCUGGCCUUGCCGACGGGCGGGAUCCUCGUCAUUGGACUUCCCCCGCACGAUGUGCAUGGGAAUGUGUCUGUCCUGGAGCUGAAGCAGAGCUCAGUCAUGCAACGGCUGGCUGGCUGGAUGCCCACGGCUAUCAGGAGGGACGCCAGCCCAUCAGAUCUGGUGUUGAGCCUUGUCGUCAGGCGCCUGGAGGAUGACACCUUCAUCUUUGCUCUGUGCCAGGACCACAAGCUGCGCAUGUGGUCUUACAAGGAGCAGCUGUGUCUGAUGGUGGCCGACAUGCUGGAGUUCAUGCCGGUUAGCCAAGAUGUGCGGCACAUGCCUGCCCAAGGCCACCGGCUGCAGCUCUCCUUCUCCUCGGCCACAGGGCUCUGCCUUGGCAUCUAUCUUGGCGUGCCCAAGCGGGGGCAGUUCUGUGUACUGCAGCUGGUUGCUACCGAAGGCAACCGCUACAGUCUGGACCACAUUUCCUCCUUGUUCAGUUCUCAGGAGACUCUGGUGGACUUUGCCCUAACAUCAACUGAAAUCUGGGGCCUUUGGUUGGAUGAUGAGAAUCAGACUGUGGUGAAAUGCAUCAACUUCGAGAGCAAUGUCGCCGGCCAGUGGAACCAGGUGUUUGUGCAGCCACCACCCGAGGAAGAAAUCCACGUCGGGCUUGAUCAGGACCCCAGGGAAACUUACCUGGACAUGAUUUUCUCACCGUGCCGCUUCACAGCCUCUGCCAUCGUCAAGGCCCUCCAGAUAUUCCAGCGGGGCACAGAGCGGAUCCUCGACGUGGCAUGGGACACAAUGAAGAAGGAGGUGACACUGGCAGUGGAGAAUGAGUUGCAGAGCAGUGUGACGGAGUACGAGUUCUCCCAGGAGGAGUACCACCUGCUCCAGGAGGCCUUCUGGUCCAAGUUCUACGCCUGCUGCCUGCAGUACCAGGAGGCUCUGUCCACACCCCUUGGCCUCCAUGUCAACCCAGCCUCCUCCAUGGUCUGCCUGCUCAAAAAGGGUUUCAUAUCCUUCCUGCUGCCGUGUUUCCUUGUGGAUCACCUGUACCUGUCCUCUGAUGAGUACCUGUCUUCCGAGGACGAGAUCCCAAUCACUGAUGAUCUGGAACUGGGCCGAGACGUGCUGCAGCUGGUGCAGUGCCUGCGCAUGGUGAGCUUGUCGGUGUUGGGCGACAUGGCGUACAUAAUGGAGACCACGUUGAAGCACCUGGGUUCUCCUGAGAGGGCUGCUGAGCAGGUCCUGGAGAGCCUGCUGGCCAACGACCGUGACAACGUGGUGGAGGACAUCCAGAACAAACUCCAGGACGUCCGCAAUCCCAUUGGCGCCAUGACCUUUCUUUUGCGAGAGAUGGACCUGGAGACUGAAGGAGAUGUAGACUGUGCCAUUGCCACAGCUCACCCCUUGAAUGUGCGCAUCAGCAUAUCCCAGCUCUACGCCAGCAGUGUGGCAGCCAGCGUGCUGUGCCAGGCUGUAACCCAGACUGCCAUGACGCGUGCCGUCCUUUGCCGUGACCUCCUCAUUCUGCAGCAGUUAUACCUGCGGCUUGGCGACAAUGUGUUCCUUGGCGGGGGGGCCCAGAUGCUACAGCUCCAGCAGGACCUGAUCCCCCGCACGUCCCACCUGCUGUGCUGCUAUUACGUGCUGAAGUGGGCCAGCCAGUGCCUCUCCACCCCUGUGCCCCUGGACACUCUGGAUGCCAAUCUGCAGCACCUCUCUGUACUGGAGCUCUCUGACUCUCCCGCACUGACACCCAACAAAUCAUUGAUGAGUCCGCAGACUAUAUUGGAAUUGUUCUACCACAACGUGGGCCGCAAACUGGUCGUCUCUCAGAUCCACUCGCAGCAAAGCGCCCCACUCAGCCAGGCAGUGCUCAGCUGGCCCCAGAUUGCAUCCGCCGUUGUCACCCUGCUCCUACAGCAUGUCUGGCCCAGCAACCCAGGAUUCCAGUUCCCAGAGUGCCUGAUGGGAAACUGCCAGUACACACAGCUGCAGGAAUACAUCCGCCUCACCGCACCCUGGUGCCAGGCCAACGUGGGCUCCAGCCGCUUCAUGCUAGGCCAGUGCUACCUAGCCACUGGGGAGGGACACAAGGCCCUCCAGUGCUUCCAGGACGCAGCGACAGAGGUGGAGAAGGAAGAGUUCCUGGUGCGGCUGACUGGCCUCGAGGACGAGGAAACUGCCGUCUCCCCGCGCCUGCAGUACUACAACAAGGUGCUGCGGCUGCUGGAGGACUUGGGCUUGGCGGAGCUUGUCAUUCAGCUGGCCACCAUGGCCAUUUCGGAGGCCACUGGGGACACCCGCAGUCAGGCUGCUCUCAGGACCCGCAUAUUCAAGCACCACCUGGACCUGGGGCACAACGACCAGGCCUACGAGGCCCUGACCCAGAACCCAGAUUGUGGCAGGCAGUUGGACUGCCUGAGACAGCUGGUGGUGGUGCUGUGUGAGCGCUCGCAGCUACAGGACCUGGUGCAGUUCCCCUACAUCGGCCUGCAUGAUGAGGUGGUCGGCAUCAUCGAGUCCCGUGCCAGAGCGGUGGACCUUCUGGCCCAUAACUACUACGAGCUGCUCUAUGCGUUCCAUAUCAACCGGCACAAUUAUAGGAAAGCGGGCACGGUGAUGUACGAGUACGGCAUGCGCUUGGGUCGUGAGGUACGCACCCCCCUGGGCCUCCACAAGCAGGUCAACUGUUACUUAGCGGCCAUGAACUGUCUGCAGCUCAUAAGGCCCCACUAUGCCUGGAUCGUGCAGCCCUCAUCUGGCGGUGUGUACCAGCGUCCCGGGACGUCCCCAAAGCGGAACUAUGAUGGCGAGCAAGCAGCAACCGGCCCUGUGAGUCGCAACAUUGAAAUCCUGGAACUUAAGGACCUUGAAAGGGAGUACAUCUUGGCCCGGAACCGCCUCACACUGGCUCGGCACGACCCGGCCUCCGCUGCCGUCGCAGGCAGCUCCUCCGCUACGGAGAUGGUGGCCCUGCUGGUGCAGGCUGGACUCUUUGACUCAGCCAUCACGCUCUGUGAGACCUUCAAACUUCCCCUCACUCCCAUUUUUGAAGGACUAGCCUUCAAGUGCAUUAAGUUACAGUAUGGAGGGGAAGCCAGUCAAAACGAAGCCUGGAACUGGCUGGCAGCCAACCAGCUGUCCACUGUGAUCACUACCAAGGAGUCCAGUGCCACUGACGAGGCCUGGCGGCUCCUGGCCUCCUACUUGGAGAAAUACCCUUCCCAGAAUGCCCAGCACCAGUUCUGUGUCAUCAACAAACUGCUGUCGCAUGGGGUUCCUCUACCUGACUGGCUGGUGAACAGCUACAAGGUGGUGGAUACAGCUGCCCUGCUUCGCCUCUAUCUGAACUAUGAUUUGUUGGAGGAGGCUGUGGAGCUGGUCUUGGAGUAUGUGGAUGCUGUACUGGGGAAAGGUCAUCAGUACUUUGGAAUUGAGAGGCCUCUCUCAGCGACGGCGCCUCUCGUCUGGCUCCCUUACACCUUCAUUGAUCAGCUGCUGCAGGCACUCGGUGAAAACCGAUCGAAUGUCAACAACUCCAAGCUAUACAACUUACUUCACAACAAGCUGGACGAGUACCACAGGCUGGUAGAACAAGCCACCAGUCACAGGCUCAUGACGCAGUAGAAGCUGUGCGCUGGGGGAGGGGGGGGUUGUUACAGGAGAGAAAUAGUUGCAGCCUGUGGCCGUUUUACAGCACUCUCCAAGCACUGCCAGGUCACAUGGUGCUCAUCUCAUCCCAAGACCAUUUCUGUAAAUCUGUAAUGUGCAUCACAAUCACAGGGAGCAGAGCUGGUAUAUUUUUCUAAAGGAAGACUGUACGGGACACACAUUAAUAGACUUCCCUAGCCCAAGCCUUCUGAUAACCAAAUGGUUUUGUUGGCUGUUUUAGAGAUAUAUUGCCUCUAUAUCUGUCAUAAUAGUCUUAAAAGAAUUGUCUGACAUGUAUGUUGUACUUGCACGUGUGUGUGUGAGAGAGAAGUAUGUAGUAAUACCCCCUGCAGGCAAUCCAUUCACUGGUGCAUUUGUUCACAAUAAAUGUGUAUAUUUUUAUAAAGUACAUUGUAAUGAUUGUUCUCCCCAUUCCCUUCUGUUUUGUACUCUUCCUGCAAACUUGUAUGAAGCAGACUACUUGUAAAUUUGAGCUCCUGUUUUUUGUUUUUAAUUUCAAUUAAAAAAAAAAUUGUCACUUUUUGUGCAGCUGAAUACCGA